AUGGCCACUACGGGAAACGCUGUAACCCGGACAGUCGCAGCUCAGAAUCAUGGAGGAGGGCGGAAGGCUGUUCAAGUGAUCAAGGGAAUGACACAGAGCGCACAGAAUCUACAUGUAGCGUCGUCCCAGCUCCAAUCACAAUCCAAGAUAUUGAGUAAUCUUCCAGUGAAGUCUGAGGAUCCUCUUCAGGAGUUGCAGAGACUGAGGCAGCUCUUGCAACAACACGACGUUGAACACACUAAGAAGAUGCAAGACAUGAAGCGACUCUUGCAAGAAGAAAUCGAGACUGGAUCGGUGGAAAUCUUGAAGGAAGUUCGAGGAGAGCUCCGAUCCAUUAUUGAGGAUGAAGUCAAGGCCGAGGUCGACGCACAGAUUAGAGAGCAUAUCCCCGUUCCUCUCAGUCAGCAAGCUGAAGAAACCAAGGAGCAGCUCCGGAUAGUCAACGCGUCCCUACAGAAUUCUCGAUCAAGGAUCGCCAAUGCGGGGUUAGGGGUGUCCAAUCUUUUCGAUUCCUUGGCCGUGGUGCUAACACCUCAGGGGACUCGGAGCAAGUGGUGGCCCGCUGACCUGGGUUCCCUCUUCGCAUACGACCUGGAAAGCGCGCGCUUGUUGGUCAAGGAUUUCGGGCUGGUAGAUUCUGACCAGCUGCAUGUCAACUUUCAGCGCUUUUUGGCCCAUAUCGGGACCGAUGCUGAGCAGUUCCUUCCAAGUGUGAAGGACUGA